UGGCUCAUGUGGGCAGCCUGAGAGCGAGUGUGUGCCUGUGCGUUUCAGGGCAGGCAGACUCCGCCUCUUUAUGCUAAUUAGGACCUCCCAUUGGCGUGUCAGAGGGGAAGACCGGCUCUGAUUGGCCAGGUGGAAACCAUUUAUUCGCUGACAGUCCGGGUCUCAUGAAUGGUUGUCUAUUAACUUGUUCAAAAACUAUCUGGAGUUGUCAAGGCUCAGGCGGACAGAGGCGAAAAAGUACAGUUUGUUGAUGCUUUUUGGAAGAAGCGACGGGAGAAUUUUUGUGGACACCACAGAGUAAGGGACUUAUUGGAAGACGACCCACUCUCACGCGUCCUCUGCUGACACGCACUGCGAGGGAGAGAGUGAGAGAGAGUGAGGGAGCGAGUGUGUGGAGACGCGGCUUGUUGCUUGUUGUUUUUGUUCGGAGAAAAAGUUGCAGAGCAAAUCGACAGGUAACUUUUAAGCAGCGGCCCUGCGCUCUUCUUCACCGUCUGCCUCUGACUUGUUGGAGUUUGUCUUUUUAUUUUUUCGUCCUGCUCGGGAGCUCCGACUGAAAAGCUGUUCCUGAUGUAUAACAUGAUGGAAACUGAACUGAAGCCCCCUGCUCCCCAGACCAACACGGGGGGCACGGGCAACACCAACACGUCCGGCACCGGUGCCAACCAAAAAAACAGCCCGGAGCGCGUCAAGAGACCCAUGAACGCGUUCAUGGUGUGGUCCCGGGGCCAGAGGAGGAAGAUGGCGCAAGAAAAUCCCAAAAUGCACAACUCAGAGAUAAGCAAGAGACUGGGAGCUGAGUGGAAACUUCUGUCGGAGAGCGAGAAAAGACCCUUCAUUGACGAAGCCAAGAGGCUACGGGCCCUGCACAUGAAGGAGCACCCGGAUUACAAAUACCGGCCCCGUCGGAAAACCAAGACCCUCAUGAAAAAGGACAAGUACACCCUGCCCGGCGGGCUCCUGGCGCCGGGAGGAAACGGCAUGGGAGCCGGGGUCGGGGUCGGGGCCGGACUCGGCGGUGGGGUGAACCAGCGCAUGGACACCUACGCUGCACACAUGAACGGCUGGACCAACGGGGGCUACGGCAUGAUGCAGGACCAGCUGAGCUACCAGCACCCGGGGCUGAACGCGCACAACCCGAGCCAGAUGCAGUCCAUGCACCGCUACGACAUGAGCGCCCUGCAGUACAACUCCAUGACCAGCUCCCAGAGCUACAUGAACGGCUCCCCCACAUACUCCAUGUCCUAUUCCCAGCAAACCACGCCGGGCAUGACCGCCCUGGGCUCCAUGGGGCCUUCCUCAGUGGUGAAGUCCGAGUCCAGCAGCUCCAGCCCUCCCGUCGUCACCUCGUCGUCCCACAGGGCCGCUCCGGGCUGCCAAAGCGGAGAUCUGAGGGACAUGAUCAGCAUGUACCUGCCCGGGGCGGAGGUCAGCGAGCAGAGCGCCCAGACCCGGCUGCACAUGUCCGGCCACUACCAGAGCACCGUGCCCGGGACGACGAUCAAUGGCACGCUGCCGUUAACACACAUGAAGCUCUAGAGGAACUGUAGGAGAUCCCCCCCUCUUCACUGGUGGAUGAAGUUUGGAAGACUAGAAAGUGGGAGUCGCAAUCAAAUGUUUUAUUAUUGCAAUCACCUUUUGUACAGUAUUUAUCAAAGAAACAUUACAAUCAGAUGAAAUUGUUAAACUGCAAGAGGUUGCAAUUUUCUUUUUUUUAUAUAUAUAUAAAGCAACACCAGUUCUGCAGAAAAUAUUAAAAGUGAAAAAUGGCAGAACUGGAAUAAUAUGGGAGCGACCAGCAAACGCUCCUUAAUUACUGCAACCAUUGGAAAGAAAAAGGGACAUAAAACGAAACAGGUAAUGCUGUUUUUGCAUUUAAGGUCAAUGUUACUAAACAUUUUAUUUCUUAAAAAAAAUAAGACACUUUUUCUUUCUCUCAUACAGCUUAAAAUAUAGGUUGUUAAUUUAUAUUUCCGUCUCCCACUUUUCAUCUGUUAGAGGUAUGACGCUUGUGCUUAUUAUUUUCUAAUUGAUUUGUACAAUUUCUGUAUAUUUACUGUGAUAUUUCAAGUUUUUAUUUCAAAAUCCAUUCCCGUAGUUGUAUUUUAAAAAUUGUGGCCUGUACGCAGAAGCCAACCACUCCAUGUAUAUAUACUGAAACUAAUACCAUCCUUAUAACAGUUACAAUUUCAGCUGAGUAUAUUUUUUUUCAAUAUGCAGUUUGAAAUGAAUAAAUUUUGGAAAUUUGGAUACUUGAAA